UAUACACUGUUCAUUUCCAUUGUGAUAUUAAUAGAUAUUAAUAAAUAAAUUUAAAGAAAAGUGAGCAGAAGAAGCAGAUGCAUCUGUCUCACCCCCACAACAGAAUUUCAGUUUCCUUCUUUUCUUUCUUUGCCUUUUAAGCUUUACCAUAAUCAUCAUAUUAUUCUUUUCCCCAUCACUUGUUCCAUCUUCUCCAAAAUAUCUCUUGUUUGGUGCACAGAUCAGAAGUCUUGAAACAGAAAAAUUAACAGAUUCUUUCUGUCGGUAAAUUGCUAGUUUCUUCAGGUUUGAGAUCGAUAUUUUAAAUAUUAAAACCACAAGAUGAUAACUGAAAAUUUGACAAUUGAGACAUCACUUCAUGAAGAACUUGAGGUUUUAAGCGUGUCGAAACGUCUAGUUAGAAGUCUAAGCCAAAAGUUAAAAAGAAAGAACAACGAGGAUGACACAAGCGGGAUUUCGCUGAGGUGUCCAACUAAGUACACACUUGGCGGCGGUUGCAAAGUCGGUGCAACUACCGGUGAAGAAUAUGGUGAAACGGGUUCUCGAAGACGUUCUUCAAGUUCCGUUGAAGAACAAAAAGGGUACAAACCCAUAUGCAGGCCCGAGGACAUGAAUGUGGACUGUUUUUCAUAUGGAGUAAAGGAAAGAUUUCGGAAGAGAAGUAUCCGGAAGGUUCCGGAAGUCGAAUGCGUAGACGUAUUCCUUCCGGAUGAUAUUGUCGAGAUGUGUUUGGUUAGACUCCCGUUGACCAGUCUAAUGAAAGCCCGUUUGGUAUGCAAAAAAUGGAGAUCUUUGACCGCAACGCCUCGGUUUACGCAACUGAGGCGCAACGGGCUUUAUCAAAGCCCGUGGAUGUUUCUUUUCGGUUCAGUUAAAGGCGGUUUUUGCUCGCAGGAAAUACACACAUAUGAUGUUUCUUUAAACAAAUGGCAUAAAAUCGAUUCUGAAGUUAUUAAAGGCCGGUUUUUGUUUUCAGUUGUUGCUAUCCAAGAAAACGUUUACGUUGUUGGAGGUUGUUCAAGUUUGAACAAUUUCGGUAAAUUAGACAGAAGCUCGGUUAAGACCCACAAAGGGGUUUUGGUGUUUAGCCCGUUAACAAACUCCUGGCGUAAGGUUGCAUCCAUGAAACACGCAAGGUCAAAGCCAAUCCUAGGUGUAUAUGAAGUUAACUCCGAUAGUUUGACCAUCAAAAGUCAACAAAGUCGACAAGACCGACGUAUGUUCAGGACACGGAUCGGUGGUGUUUCAGAUGUCUACGAGGACCCACAUAGGCUUUCGGUCAGGCGUCAACUAAGAUAUCCUGUUGAUGAAUCCGAGGUUUCGUAUAAACCAAAAAACAAGGACCCCAGUGGAAAAGACUCUAGAAGGUUCUUGAUUAUGGCUGCAGGCGGUGUCGGAUCAUGGGACGAGCCGUUAGAUUCGUGUGAGAUUUACGAUUCGUUAUCCAAUAAAUGGACCGAAAUCCAAAGAUUACCGAUUGAUUUCGGGGUCAUUUGUUCAGGAGCCUUUUGUAACGGGAUGUUCUACGGGUACUCAGAAACCGAUAAUCUUGCAGCAUACGAUAUCGAACGGGGUUAUUGGGUUAGAAUCCAAUCAACCACAUUACCGGGGCGGGUACAUGAGUAUUACCCGAAGAUCAUUUCGUGUGAGAAACGGCUGUUUAUGGUGUCGGUUUCAUGGUGUGAAGGCGAUGGUCAAAUCGGGAGAAGAAACAAAGCCGUUAGAAAAAUAUGGGAGCUUGAUCUUCUUUAUCUCAACUGGGAAGAGAUAUCGAUUCAUCCUGAUGCACCGAUGGACUGGAAUGCGACGUUUGUUGGUGAUAAAAAUAUGAUCUUUGGGGUUGAAAUGUUUAAGAUUUUCGGGCAGGUGUUAGAUUUUUUAACCACGUUUAAUGUUUCUGAUGUAACGAAAAAUUGGGUUCAUGUUUCGAAGAACCAAGUGGCUCACGAGUUGGAUGCGAGUUCGUGUAUGACGAAGUCGGUGGCUGUGGUCCAUUUGUGACAAUAGGACUCAUGUGGUUUGCAAGUCGGAUGGUUAAAUGCCAAGUUGUAACUCCAUUGUUCUACAUGACUGGUUUUUUUAUCUUAUUUUUUUUUUAUGUUCAUAUGUGUUAAGUGUAGUGUAAACUUCAUGUGGUUUUAUCCUUUCUUUCCUCAUAGAACAUGUGGGUCUUUUUGAUUGUUUUAUAUGAUUUUAUUUCA